CUUAGGGUUUCAACUUUCAACUUGCCCCGCCAAAUCGCAAGUCCCUUCAGAACCCUUAUCCGUUGAAUCUGAAGUCUGAAGUUCGGACUACGCAUUGUUGCCGGCCAAUUCCAGCUGCAUGAAUCGAUCCCCAUCCGAUUCGCCAUUUCCGAAUCGGGUCCCGACAAGCUUCGCCAGCAUUGUCUCCGUCAAUGGCGUCGAAGUCUCCGCCUCUGCCCCCUCCUCCGCCUUUCGCCUCUUCUUCUAGAUCAGAGCUUCCCGUCGAUCCAUCCGGAAACAAAGCGGAGGAAGUGACUCCGACAGUUAAAGAUGUGUCAAUGGUUAUUGAUUCUUUAAAGAAACAAGUUGCUGCAGAACGAAUUGUUUCCGUAAAGAAAAGAAUGGAAGAAAAUAGGCACAAGCUGGUUGGUGUCACAAACCACCUCUGCAGAUUGUCAAUGGAGAGGAUGGCAUGUAAUGAAACUGAUACACAUAGAAGUCUGGACCUUUUAACAAAGCGGCAAAAGGAUGCAAUUGAUAUGCACAAUGGUGUUCUUGCAAGUAGUGAUGAUGGGGAGAGCAAUAGUUAUCCUGAAGAUGGUCAUGGUUCUACAGCAGUUCUUCUGGGAUCUAAUGUUGCUGUGAAGAAUGCUGUUCGUCCUAUCAAGUUACCAGAAGUCAAAAGAUUACCUCCUUACACCACAUGGAUAUUUCUGGACAGAAAUCAAAGAAUGACAGAAGAUCAGUCAGUUGUAGGUCGUAGGCGAAUUUAUUAUGAUCAAAAUGGUGGAGAAGCACUUAUUUGCAGUGACAGUGAAGAGGAAAUAAUAGAUGAUGAAGAGGAAAAAAGAGAGUUUGUAGAUUCAGAAGAUUAUAUACUUCGCAUGACCGUUAGAGAAUUGGGUUUAUCUGAUACUGUUCUGGACUCCUUGGCUCAAUGCUUUUCUAGAAAUACUAGUGAAAUUAAGGCCAGAUAUGAAACUCUUAGUAACGAAGACAAUGCUGCUAGGGGUUCCAAGAAUGGAGAUACCGAAGAUAUUUCUCAAAGUGAAAAGUCUUUUCUGGAAAAAGAUCUUGAAGCAGCUCUUGACUCCUUUGACAAUCUUUUUUGCCGACGCUGUCUUGUUUUCGAUUGCCGAUUACAUGGAUGUUCCCAGGAUCUUGUCUUCCCCGCUGAGAAGCAACCUCUGUGGAACCCUCCUGAUACUGAAAAUGCACCAUGUGGGCCGAAUUGUUUUAAAUCGGUACUUAAAUCAGGAAGGUUUUCCAAAGCUACCUCUUCUGCCCAGGCUGAUGUUGAAGAGAAAUGUUCAGGUGGUUCUUCAUCUAGGAAGAAGUCUUCUGCUAAAAGGCGCAUAAAAUGCAGCCAAAGUGAAAGUGCCUCAUCUAAUGCAAAGAACAUAUCUGAGAGUAGCGACUCAGAGAAUGGGCCUGGAAAGGAUGCUGUUUCAGCCUCCCAGUCAGCACCACCUAAAGCUAAACCUGUAGGGAGAGGUGGACUUGGUAAGAGGAACAGCAAGCGGGUGGCAGAACGUGUUCUAGUUUGCAUGCAGAAACGGCAGAAGAAAACAGUGGUUUCUGAUUCUGAUUCCAUUGUUGAAGCUCAUGAUCAUUCAUCAAAUGACAUGAUCACUGACCCACCUGUCAUCAGCAGUGAAGAUAAUGCAAGGAAAGAAGAGUUUGUGGAUGAGAACAUUUGUAAACAGGAAUCCACUGACAAUAAAUCUUGGAAAGCUCUUGAAAAAGGACUCCUAGAGAAAGGAAUGGAGAUAUUUGGGAGAAACAGCUGCUUAAUAGCCAGGAAUCUUCUAAAUGGUCUAAAGACAUGUUGGGAGGUUUUCCAAUACAUAAAUUGGGAUGAAGGAAAGAUGUCAGGUUCUGCUGGGGAUGGUGCAAAUUCUCUUGUGGAAGGCUAUUCCAAGGGUAAUAAUGAAGUGAGACGAAGAUCAAGAUUUUUACGCAGAAGAGGUAGAGUUCGUCGCUUGAAGUAUACCUGGAAAUCUGCUGCUUAUCAUUCAAUAAGGAAAAGGAUUACAGAGAGAAAGGAUCAACCCUGCAGACAGUACAAUCCGUGUGGUUGCCAAUCAGCUUGUGGAAAGCAGUGUCCAUGUCUUCAAAAUGGAACCUGCUGUGAGAAAUACUGUGGAUGCCCGAAGAGUUGCAAGAAUCGAUUUCGUGGCUGUCACUGUGCGAAGAGUCAAUGCCGAAGUCGUCAAUGUCCUUGCUUUGCUGCAGAUAGGGAAUGUGAUCCCGAUGUUUGUAGGAAUUGUUGGGUCAGCUGUGGUGAUGGUUCUCUUGGGAUACCUAGCCAAAGAGGUGAUAAUUAUGAAUGUAGGAACAUGAAGCUUCUCCUCAAACAGCAACAAAGGGUUCUUCUUGGAAGGUCUGAUGUAUCUGGCUGGGGAGCCUUCUUAAAGAAUAGUGUUGGUAAGCAUGAAUACCUUGGAGAGUAUACUGGAGAGUUAAUUUCUCAUCGGGAAGCAGACAAGCGAGGAAAGAUAUAUGACCGAGAAAAUUCAUCUUUUCUCUUUAAUCUAAAUGAUCAGUUUGUUCUUGAUGCUUACCGCAAAGGUGACAAGUUGAAGUUUGCAAACCAUGCUCCUGAUCCAAAUUGCUAUGCAAAGGUUAUUAUGGUUGCUGGAGACCACAGAGUAGGUAUAUUUGCCAAGGAACGGAUAAUGGCUGGGGAGGAACUGUUUUACGAUUAUCGAUACGAACCUGAUAGAGCUCCUGCCUGGGCUAGGAAACCAGAGGCAUCUGGAUCUAAAAAAGAGGACGGUGCUCCUUCAAGUGGUCGUGCAAAGAAGCUUGCGUAAUGGGAGUUUACUAAAGAAUUAAAUAUCAAUUCUUUUGUUAUUCUUUCACAUAUAGAGGAAGCAAUCUCAUUUAUAGUGGAAAGCAUUUUUUUAGUUCUUUUGUUCGUGGCAAGCCCAUGCAAAUAUGCAAUUGUUGCUGCAUAGGUAACUAACUACCAUUUAAACAAUUCAUUCUGAUAUUAGCGGACUCUUUUCGCUAUUCCUGUUGUAACUUGUAAAACACAAGCUUACUGAAUCAAUUAUUCCUUGCCAUCUUCUCUGAAUGGCAAACGGUCAAUUCCAUUCAGACGAAGAUUUCACAUAAUUAUAAUGGUUUUUAUAUCGUUA